AUGUCCAAUCCACCUUCGAACCCCGAAUUUCAACAUGUGAUGCCUCAUCAGGCAGACUUCCACACUCUUGGAACUGCGGAUCUCGAGCACUAUCAGCCAUACGGCCCGGGCCUUGACCAGAAUGAUCUCUCGGCAUCACCACAACCUUCCGACACUCAACUUGCCUCAGACCGCACGUCGGCCACCCUCGGACUCCAAUCCCUCAGUUCGCAACCACAGUCGCCGUCCACCGCAAACCGAUAUUCGGAAGUUGUCUCUCCAGCUCCUGAACGAGCUCACUCACCAGUCGAGAAAGAAAGAUAUAUUGAGCCCGUUGCAUACUAUCCGCCCUAUUCCCAGGGUCAUUCUACCAUUCCGCCGGCGAACUCCAACCCAGCUCACUUCGACCGAGCGUCCAAGGACAAGCCAAUCUACAAAAAGUGGCCGUGGAUCAUAGUGGCUCUGAUCCUCAUUGUUGCCAUAGCUAUUGCCGUCCCUUGCGGUGUUGUAUAUGGCACCAAAAAACAUUCAAGUCCGGCACCUGCGACCUCACCUUUCCCGCUACCUCCAUCCAAUCACACCUCUAGUACGGCCUCUACUACAAGCAGUAUUCCACAGCCUACUGGUGACCCGAACUACGCCAUCGGCCCCGAGUUGAGCCCCAUUUACGCGUCCAAGGACGGAGCAUUCAAUGGUACUGGCAUUGCAAUUGCCGCGGCCAAUCCCGGCGUAGACGCGAGUAUCUUUGUGUUUUAUCAAGACUUCACCGGUACUAUCCAAUUCGAGAAGAGCGAUCCAGCAAGCGGCGAAGGUAGCUGGACAACCCUCUAUCCAGUCAAUGAAGACGCUCCACGGGCGUUAAAUGGGACGCCAUUGGCGACGGCUGCAUACGUCAAUGAUACAGUUGCUACGUGGCACCUGUUCUACGUGGAUGAGAACUAUAUUAUGCGUCAACGAAUAGCGACGAAUACUUCAGGCUAUAUUCUCAGUUGGACAUCAGGACCUCUUGAUGAGCUCGGCCUAGAAGUCAACCAUGCCGAUACCAUCGGAAUGCAGGUGUGCUAUUGGGGUAAUUUUUAUGGUGAUGCGACUGAUACUUACACGGACGGUCUGAAUGGGACAAACCCUGCCGACGCUCCACAGACAGGGCUGCAUUUAUGGUUCGCGGACACGAAUUCGAGCUUCAGGCAGUUUGACUGGACCAAUCAGUCUUCGCAAUGGAGCGAAGUUACAGAUCACGCAUGGGACAACCUCGACGGCCAUGCUGGAAUUGGGUGUCAGACGUGGGAAUCAGGGACGACUGAAUAUGUUUUCUUCGUCAAUCAAAAUCAUACCAUCAACAUGUGGUGGAAAGACAACAACUUCAGUGCCAGUAACAUACCUACGGCUGAACACCCAGUCGGCAAGUGGACACUGGCGCCUGGGGUCAGUAUCACCGACGUCCAUCCAUCUUCUACUCUCAGUUAUACGAAUUAUCUGGUAUACCAAUCAGUUGAUGGGACUGUGCAAGGCUCCAACAUCCUUUUUGCAGGUCCAAAUGGAACAGCACCAGAGGACACAAUCACCAGUUCGACAGACCACUUCGUCGUCUUCGACUCAGACACUCAGCAGAACGUGUCCGCAAUCUCCUCCACUCAUCUCUGCAAUACGGCCGUCCAGACCGAGAGCAAAGGCGUUUUAUUGAUCGUGCUCUUCCAGGUGAUCGGUGACGAUAUUCAACAAUACAACAGAGAUGGUACCGGUGGACCGUGGUACCUUGGUCCCCCAGCAAUUAACGGCACCUCGACGGCAAGCUGA